AUGAAGCAGCUUUUGGAUCUGUUCAUAACCUCAUCGAUACCAGUCGUGAAGAUUCUUGUCAUUACAGGAAUUGGAUUUUACUUGGCUCUUGAUCGUGUUAAUGUUUUAGGUCAAGAUGCAAGAAAACAGCUCAACAACAUUGUCUUCUAUGUGUUUAGUCCUUCACUUAUUGGAAGUCGUUUAGCUGAUAGUGUUACAUAUGAAAGCUUGGUCAAAAUGUGGUUUAUGCCGAUUAAUGUUCUGCUUACAUUCGUCUUUGGUUCGUUAUUCGGUUGGAUUGUUAUUGUCAUCACUAAACCUCCUACGCAUCUUCGUGGUCUCAUUGUUGGUUCUUGUGCUGCUGGCAAUUUGGGGAAUAUGCCACUAAUUAUAAUCCCAGCAAUUUGUAAAGAAAAAGGAGGUCCUUUUGGAGAUCCUGAGAGUUGCCAGAAAUAUGGAAUGGGUUAUGUUGCACUCUCCAUGGCUAUGGGAUCGGUUUACAUAUGGACGUACAUAUACAAUCUUAUGCGUGUACUAUCGAGCUCUCCUAUUGAAACCAUCCAACCUUCUAUUGAAUCAAACUACGAUAGCUACAAAGUUCCAUUAGUUUCUUCCAAGGAAGAAGACAACCAAAAGGUUGGGAAGUGGGAAAAGGUCAAGCUAAGAAUGGUUUCAUUUUCGGAGAAAGUUAACCUUAANACAAUAUUUGCUCCAUCAACUAUUGCAGCGAUGAUCGCGCUUUUCAUCGGACUCAUUACUCCGUUAAGGAAGCUAAUGAUCGGUAACUUAGCUCCUCUCCGGGUGUUUCAAGAAUCAGUAACUCUAGUGGGAGAUGGAGCCAUUCCUGCUAUGACCUUGAUUAUCGGAGGAAACUUACUCAAAGGUAUGAGAAGUUCAGGAAUGAAAAAAUCCAGCAUUAUUGGCGUCUUGGUUGCACGUUACAUUUUUCUGCCAAUAAGCGGUGUUCUAAUCGUAAGAGGAGCGUAUAAGUUGGAUUUGAUUACCUCGGAACCAUUAUACCAAUUCGUUCUGCUUCUUCAAUAUGCAGUCCCACCAGCAAUGAAUCUAGGUACAAUUACUCAGUUAUUUGGAGCUGGAGAAAGUGAAUGCUCAGUGAUUUUGCUUUGGACUUACGCUUUGGCUUCGAUUUCACUCACGGUUUGGCCUACAUUCUUUAUGUGGCUUGUGGCUUAA